AUGGCUCAAACACUGGCCUACGGACCCGCAAAAGCCGGUUUAGAUAUGAUUACUAGAGUACUGGCCCUCGAAUUGGGAGCCAAAGGCAUUCGUGUCAAUGCUAUCAAUCCGGGUAUUAUACAUACGACUGAUACACCGGACCCCAUGACUGCACUUAUCUAUGAAGUGGGCAAGAAAAUAGCACCUCUUAAGCGAUUGGGACAACCAUUAGAUAUCGCAAAAGCCGUGGCAUUCCUGGCCUCAAGUGAUGCCUCAUUCAUAACCGGCGCUAAUCUGGUGGUCGACGGAGGAGUUGUCUAUAAUGUCGGCGCUUUUAAUGCUUUGUAA